UGACCCGGAAGUGAAGCGAUGCAGCUGUAACCUCGGCUGUGUGCAUAGGGAGGAGGAAGAUGAGGGAACAGAGGAGUGGUUGUUCUGCCUCUCUACCUGUGAACACUCGGCUGGGACAGUGAACAGUGAACAGUGAGCAGUGACUAUAAGCAGCGGACACAUUCACAGGAGCGGAAUGUUACUGCAGACAUGACACCACUGACACCGGAGGAGGACGACGGACGGAGCUAAGCGCCUCGAAUACUUAUGAUCCCGUGUGUGUUGUAUAUUGUGUGUGGGCUCUGUGACAGCUCCUGUCUCUCCUCCUCAUGACAGUCUACACAUUUAUCUGAAACCUUGCUGCCAGUGUGAAGCAGCUGUUAGCUCCGUUAGCUUCGUUAGCCUGUGACACGUCAACCUAGCCUUCAUCUUCCUCCAGCCGUGCUUUGCACGCUCAGCUCCUCUGGACGCGUGUCACUGGGUCUUCACUGUUUCAACUUAGGAGGGUCUAUCGAUCCAUGGCUCCGAUGGGUGUCCGGCUGUCACCGCUUGGUGUCGGGGUGUUUCUCCUUCUGGGAGUCGGUGUCAUCUACCACCUGUACGCCGGGGUCAUCUCCAACCGCCUGGCUGCUUUCAGAGAGAGGAGAAACGUAGAUCUGAGGGACCUGCUGGCGAUCUCAGUGGAGGCGGCUGUACUCGGUGGCAGAGAGGUGAAGAAGGUUCAUGAGGAAAAUGGCCUGAAGGAGAGGUCAAAGGGUAAGACGAAGGAGGGAGCCAAUGAGCUGCUGACCAUGGGUGACCUGCAGUCCCACAGAAAGAUGUAUAACCUCAUAAAGAAUACCUUCCCGGAAGUCACGGUGAACAGUGAGGAACAUGACAGCAUGGUGGAUAAGGAAGCAGCCUGGAGCCGGGACAUUCCCACGGACAUACUAGACAAGAUAAAAGAAGGCAAGGAGGCUUCUUCUGAGAGUGUCACAGUGUGGAUCGAUCCUUUAGACGCCACACAGGAAUAUACAGAGAACCUUGUUCAGUACGUGACCACAAUGGUGUGUGUGGCGGUAGAUGGUAAACCAGUCAUCGGGGUCAUACACCAGCCAUUCACUGGGUUCACUGCCUGGGCGUUUGUGGGUCAGGGAUCGAACAUGCACCCCCGCUCGUCCUAUAGCAUCAGCCCUCCAAGUGUGAUAGUGUCACGUUCCCACUCUGGACAAGUUAAGAAUUACAUUCAUGAUGCUUUUGGAAACAGCACAACAAUCACAGAAGCUGGUGGAGCAGGAUAUAAGGUCCUGGCACUCCUGGAGAUGCCUGCAAGUGAAAAGUCCUCUAUAGACCAGGCAGAUGUUUACGUCCACAUCACCUUCAUUAAGAAAUGGGACAUCUGUGCUGGUGCAGCUGUACUGAAGGCACUGGGAGGCCACAUGACGACCCUGACGGGAGAGGACAUUGACUAUAGUGGUGAAGCACUCAACAAAGGAGGACUGGUGGCCAGUGUGGGUGUGGACCAUAAGGCUGUUCUGGAGAAACUACCCAGCUGGAACCCUGAGAAGCACUGAAACACACAAACCAAGAGCCAGUGGUUGUGAUACGUGGCGGCCCUUUUUCUUUCAACUGGGAUUGGCCUGGACACGUUUAACAAUUCUGCACUAAUUCAUUAUCGUGGGUCACCAAACAUCUACUUGUCAGCUGAUUGGAGUCACUGUCACUCAGCAGGACUGUGGAACUGAAAACUGGAAUGGCUCUGACUACACACUUCUCCACAAAUACAUACUUGCAGCUAAGAGACAUGGUGCAUCUUCCUCUUCACAUGCUUACACAGUGAACACUGGACAACAAUUGCCAUCCCAGAAUCCCUUUCCUUCAUGUUCAGAGGACAACAGGAUGACUAAUGUGAAGAGUCAAACCGAGGAGCACAAUAUUGAAUACAAAGUGUUUUUAUUAUCAUUUUAUCUAGUCCCAUCUUCCUCACAAAACAAUCACAACGUCACCUGUUCAUGAAUUUGAGUCUGGGAAAAUGUUUGCAAAAAGGUGAACCGAUAACUGUAAGUCCUGUAGAUUAUAUCAUUAUAAUACGAGUCAUUGCAAAGGCCAGCUUCAUCAAGUUACCAAUUUUGCUAAAAUACAACCAAACAGUUUAAUCCCAAAUUAUUAGGAUCUUGGAAUCAUGAAACAGUCUUUACAGCCUUAUUCGACAAUUAAAGGUUUGAUGACAACAAUGUGCUUUAUAACUCGUUCUCCCCUUUUCUACUGCAGUUUCGAUCUGAUUGGUAAAAGAAAAGAAAACUGCAGCAAAGUCUCAUGCAGCGUCAACAAAUGCAGUCACUGAAGCCUCCUAUACACGUCUUGUUUUAAUGUAUGUCAGUAGAUGAUAACUCUGAUAAUGCGUUAUCAUCUACUGAUAACGCAUUAUCAGUAGAUAAUGCGUUAUCUACUGAUAACGCAUUAUCUGAUGAUGCACUGAUGAUGCAUUAUCAAUCAAAAUUUGAUUGAUUGAUAAUGCAUCUCUUGUCGUUUCAGUCAUUUUGGUUUUGUGGGUCGAAAAGGAUAUCAGUGUGUGCCAUGUAUUGUGUCCCCUUCAUAUCUAUCAUAGCAGAGGCGAUGGAUCCUUAUGUUGGUUUUGUGCUUUUGUGUGUCACAUUAUCGUCUACUCUUUCCUUCCACUGCUGCCAUGCUGCAGAGAUGUAGGGGGCUGAUAGGCAAGAAAGACCACACAAUACAUAUUGUGACGCUGUUUUGUCACAAUACAUUCAAUUUCAAUUAAGUCAAAUUUAGUUUUCCCAUUAACAAUUAUUGCCUUUUCCACUGAGGAUGAUUCAAUCUAUUUUCAGGUACACCAUGAUGUUUCCCUAAUUCUCCCUGGCUGGUAGUGUGUGCAAGAAAGAUGAUGAUGAUAAAGACAAAGUGUUUAUUGAAGCCCUCUACGGAGCAGAGGUCUGAUCAGUCAGAACAACUUAAAAACAACCAAGUUUUUCUUUGUUGUAUUUUACAAACCAGCACCAUAAAAUAUCCAUUACAAACUGUCUGGUUCGGUUAGACUCUUUCAUGUCUUACCUGUCCAGAGACUGGUCCCGCUCACUAUGUACAAUCUCAGUCACGAAGAGACUUGUGAAAUGUUCUGUUCAUCAUUUUCUGUUGGAGUCUGGACUCUGCCCUGUGUUACAGUACAUUGUGUACUUGCAUGGUUGUGUUCACUUUACACAGCAGGGGAAAAAAGUGACUGGCUCGAUCAGUACUGUCUGCCCUGAGUGUGUCUGUGUGUUUAAACUGGCACUUGGUUGUGCUACAGUUGCCGUGAACCCAUGUGAAAUUUAAACUCCCCUCAAUUUCUUGAAGAUAGAAGUAACUUGUUUCAUGUUCUGUUCUGUCUCAGCACCCUGUGUGUUGUCAAUAACCUUGUAUAGAUGCAAAACAAAUAUGUGUCGAAGGUUAAGAGUUAAAUACUCAGAUCAUGUUCUGCCUGAAGAUUAUAAUCGAUGAUGAUGAUGAGGAGAAGAAGCAGUCAGAAAGAUAAAUACCUUACUGGAUGAUGUGGCUCAAUUCAAAGAAGCAAGCAGCUUCAGGGUCCCAGGUAGAGCUGUUGGAGUUUGUGUGCUGAGUUUCAGUUUUAAGAUUUGAGUGCCUUUAAUCUGCACAACAUUGUUGAUGGAGGACGACGUUGGCCACAGCACUCAGCAUGGGUUCUUUAGAUGUUGCUUUGAUAACAAACAGUGAUAAACAAUUAAAUUUGUUGCGUUGACAUUUAAAUAGCACGGUGAUUGUUUGAAUGGACAUUUGAAUACUUGGGGUUGUGCUACACAUGUACUGCAUGAAAGACAUUUUGAAAUAUAAAAGAUUAAAUGGAACUUUCUGCCUAUUUUA